UAACCAGUAAAAAAUGCGGUGAAGUAUAGAUGCGAAAGUGAAAAAUAAAAGGCUGUUUUUUCACAGACUUUAAGCAUAAACCUACAGUAUGUAUCAGCAUGUUUCUAUGUAAAGUUGGUGGUGAGUAAAAGCAGAAAUGAAAUGUUUCUAAUGAAGUGUAGAGUGAAUGUACAGAUUUGAUCUUACCUGUUUUGGUGAAUGAGCCCACUGAAGAAGCUUUAGUGAUAAUCACUCACUGGCUUGUAUGAACAUGUAUAUAUGCUUGUCUUUUCACACUUAUUUUGCUGACCUUGUGGAGAGCUGUGUAUAAAAGCAACAGUUCAAGAGUGAGGCUUUUACCAAUCAUCUGCGCUAGACGCCGACUCCACCUUCAGCACUGCAAAGCCACGAGAGCCACUGUCAAAGGUUGAACCAUGGCUGAUUUACAGCUCAUCAAAGCUACACAAAACAUCACUAAAGCUUCAAGUUCUAGAGAUGACACGAAACUGAUAAUGCAGCCAUAUGCAAACUGGGAAGAGUACUUAACACCAGGCCCAUUAUCCAUUGCCAUUUUGGGAGAGUUGGUCUUCAUUUCUUCCAAUGUGGACUUCUCCAUCAACAAAAACCCCCCCAAAGAUGGAUUCAAGUACAUCAAGUACCCAGAAUCUUUCCGAGCAUGUCUCAUGCAAGUCUGCAAUGCUGGAUGGGGGGCUUUCAAUGUGGCCCACAAGAACAUGGAUCAAAUUCGCCUGCACACAGGAAACGUUCCUGAAUACAUAAAGAUGUCUGUGCAAAUCCUUCUCCAAGAAGACAACGAGCUUGUCCAAACCUUUCUCCCUGACCAGCUUCAGAACAUUGAAAACAUAGCAAACGACUGCGUGGAGUUGGCGACCGCAGCUGAGAAUAAGUUCAUGGAAGUCAUUGAGCUGAUCCAGGAGCUUCUGGAGGCGAGUCAAAGCGCUAAAAGUAAGUACACUCUGGAGCUUGAGGAAGUCAAGCAAAAGAGGGAAAUUGAAAUGUUAAAGAAAAAGGCAUCAGAAGAAGCCAAUAAAUCAGCUGCAAAGGCUAUGGAAGAAAUGAAUCAACAACUUAAAGACGCCCAAGCUGCAUUUAAGGAGUCAAUGGAUUCUUUACCAAGCGGAUGGGAAGCAAUUGGGAUGGAUCUAGUUGAGGGGCUCGCUGGCACAGUGAAUUCCAUGCUUUCAAGUGCAGCCUUUCUAAGCGCAGGAACAAUGUUUAGUGAGACCAUUAAAACAGGUUCAGCUGUUGCAGCGAAUUUUACAAACGCCAGCCAAAGUGGCAGCGCAACAGUGAGCGUGCAGGAAAAUGAUCCAGUAGCCAUAAGCAGCAUCUACUCCAAGUCAAGCCACAUGCUGUCUGUGAGCCAGUCUUUGCUUACCUUCAUUGAAAAUGAACAAAUCAAGUGGGAAGCGCUAAGAGAUAAGACUAGUGGAAGAACAACGUCAAACUUUCAGAAAAAUAGCUUUGAGGAUCUUAAACAGUCCAUCAGCAAGCAGAAGGAAUGUCAUCCGAAGCAAGAAGCUUUAGCGUUCUGCGAGAAGGGCAUCAUGAUCUGCAGUGAUUUGGCUAAGUAUUCAGAGCAGGGAGGCUGUGAGGAUAACAAGAUGAAGAAGCUGGUUUUGGACAUCCAGAAUCUGAGUGUUUCUGUUCAGACAUUUGAUUCUAAGGCCAAGGCAAAUACAAACACCCCUGCCUUCAUCACAAAGCCUCCACAGCUGAGCAAAACACAGACCAGUGACUCAGGGAAGAAGUCUGCUAGCCAAGUUGCCACUGAAAAUGCUCGACUGCGUAUAGAGCAGAAUCGGGCUCACAUGGAGCAGGUGAGGGCAGCUUAUGAAAAGCGAGUGAGUGCAAUGGAGGAAAGUAAGAAGGAGCUGAAUGAGAUCCUGAUCUCCAUAAGGAAGUGUAAAGUUCAAGAGAUCGAUUUUAGCACCACUAUCAAGUUUCUUCUCAAGGGACUCGACGCCUUGGGACGAGUGAAAGAGCAAUGGGAGAAAAUGGUGCGUUUCUUUCAAAUGGUGUCCAACAUCAUCAAGACCUGUUUACACACCUCCCUUACCAGCUUCACCAGUACUGUUCAGAAGUCGUCCACCUUGCCCUAUUCGCCGACAAUGUUUAUCAAAGACAUGAUCUACACUCAAGCCUUUCAUGCCUCCAACAUUGCCAGUUUGGUGAACAUGAUUGCAGGUACCUACACCGAGGUUUCGAACAAGCACUUGAUGGACAGAGUGAGCAGCCUUGGAAAGCUCAUGGCUCUGGACCCCAACAACGCUAACUUCCAAAAUGAACGCCUGCAACUGCAAAACGGCUGCAAGGAGGCGGAGGACAGCAUACUGCAGCUGGUGAAAACAAACAAGCGCAACUUCGAAAGCAAGACUCGGGCGAGACAGGCCGAAAUCGAAAGAGAAUUGAAGGCAGUCAUGCCACCAGCCUCUCCGAAAGACACCGAGAAGCUGCAGAAGAUUGUCCAACGUGGAUUCAAUAAAAAAGAAGAGCAGGAUGUAGAAAACCAAUACGUCUAAAUCCUUAAUGCAUGUCUACAGACGUGUGCGAUGCUUUAGCUUGCUUUCCUGCACAUGCUGAUUAUUUUUCAGAAUUAUCACUUAAUGAUUAAUCACAUUGUUCAUUUUAAAGCAUUUUCUUUUCUUUUCUUCUAUAUUUUGUUUUCUGUUUAAAUUCAAAUGAAAACUUUCCUGUGACAAACUGAUGAGCAGUUGACUUUUUUAAUUGAAAAUUAGUUUGAAUAAUUAGUGUACUCUUUGUUCAAUAUUAUGUCAUACAAUGCCUGUCCAAAAACAAUUGCAAAAGAUAUGCAAAUGAUAUGGGGUUGCUGCAGUUGGUCAAAGAAUGAGGUCAGCUGACUCCCUGAAUAUACUGAAUAUAGACCAGGUUAUUCCAUCAAUAGAUUUUUUCUUCCCUGAUGAUACAAGCAUAUUCCAAGAAGACAGUGCCAGGAUUCAUGGGGCUGGAAUUGUGAAAGAGUUCAGGGUUCAGGGAGCAUGAGAUCAUCAUUUUCACACAUGGAUUGAGAGAGAUUUCACCACAGAGUCCAGAUCUUAACCUCAUUGAGAAUCUUUGGGAUGAGCUGGAUGGAGAAGACUUUGCACUGCGGUCAGACUCAACCAUCAUCAAUGCUGCUUUAUGAAAACACCGGAUUGAAAUAAAACUUGUGACAUUGCAAAAGCUUAUCCAAAUAAUGCCACAGUAAAUGCGUAAAACCAUAAUCAAAGCUAAUCAAAGGCAAUCCAAUGAAAUAUUAGAGAGUGUGACCUUUUUUUGGGCAGUGUAUGUGUUUAUAUUUCAAGCAGCAUAACAUUUUUAAGUAAACAUUUAAACAAAAUCUCUGAGCUAUUUCUUCAUGGAACAUGCAUAUCUUUUUUGUUUAUUGCAACGCUAAUAAACGCAUUGAAAGACAUUA